UUGUCCAAAGAAACGUGAUAACGACAGUGCACAGUGUCACAAUAAGACCCCCGGCUUUAAACGAUCUCGUCUACUGCUGCUAGGUCUGGGAUCUGGGUCAUCGAUCGAUCCAUCUACCGCCUUUGGUCUGAAGGCGGUAGUGGUGUUUGUGUGAAAAUCCUGCAGCGCACAGCUUCAACCUACAACGAGAAAUGGUGCCAGUUUAGUGCGCGGGUGUCGCUAAAUUAUAAACCGCUCCUGGAAAGCGCUCGUGAAUCCGAUCGGACGGUGAAAAUCUUCGUGUUGUUCACUCUCUUACGCCUUCGAACCGCACGCGAGUCGUGCGUCACUUGGUUUCCGCGAUCAUCCUCCAGCCAACGAGAGCCACCACACUCACUCAAUAGGAGAAGCUUGACGCGCACGACGACGCGCAACGAAGACGGCGAUCGGCGUUCGGCAGCGAAGUCUUCUUCUUCAGGUUCGGUCAUCAUCAGUAUCACCUGGGCUGUGUUGCAGUGAAGAAGUGCUCUAUGCGGUGUUUUGGCUACCCGCGAGCUCGCUAAAUCCCAACCAACCGAAAGGGGCUAUCCUCGCUAGUGUAAAGUGUAUGGUGUAUUCCGAGUCAGUUCACAUAAGAUCCUAUAUGAAGUUCCCCGUAGCGACCUCGUAGUGGCAACCAAUCAAGAAGCGACCACUCGAUUCAGUGCCAGUGUGUGAUCAUCGGGUAGUAACGAAAAAGUGAAAUUAGGCCCACGAAAAAGUGCAUUCCGAAUUAGGCUUGUGCCCCCCACCUCUACUUGUUCCAACAUUGAGUCGAAACCGGCAAACAGUAAAUAAUCCGCAAGGAAUCACCUUUUCGUUCCUUGGCGGUAUUCGUGCUGUAACAAGUGUGUUGUCUUUUUACUGCUUAAUUUUUGCUAAGCACCCGAAGAGAUAAAAAGAAGAAAAAUGAGGGUCGGCCGGUUGUUUCGGGCGCACGGCGAAUUUUGCGCCUCGCACCCCUGGGAAGUGAUAGUGGCCUUGGUGACUUUCACGGCCUGCAUAAUAACGUUCGAUAAGGGCAACAACAGUGGCGGGGAUCCGUUCCAUCAGCAGCAGCAGCAGCAGCAACGGGCCUGCUCCAAUUGGCGCUUCGUGCCCUCGGUCGGUGGGAAAUCCGGCGGCGAAGAUGGCAUCUUCCGGUGCGAAGACGUGGAACAGAACAGCAUCGAUGUGAUCCUGAUGACGAUCGUGCGCUGCUCGGCGAUCCUUUACUGUUACUACAAUUUCUGCAACCUGCAGAAGCUGGGUUCGCGCUACAUUCUCGGUAUCGCCGGCCUUUUUACCGUAUUCUCCAGCUUCAUCUUCACCUCAACCGUGAUCAACUUCCUGGGCAGCAAAGUUUCCGACCUCAAAGAUGCCCUGUUCUUCUUUCUGCUCCUGAUCGAUCUCUCGAAGGCCGGAAUCCUGGCGCAGCUGGCCUUGUGCGGAUCGAGUCAGUCCGAGGUCACAACGAACAUUGCCCGUGGCAUGGAAAUUCUCGGUCCGGCCAUAUCGCUGGACACCCUGGUGGAAACGCUGGUCAUUGGGGUGGGCACUCUUUCGGGAGUGGAACGGCUGGAGCUGCUGAGUGCCUUUGCCGUUUUGUCGGCCGUAGUCAACUACAUCGUCUUCAUGACCUUCUAUCCGGCCUGUUUGUCACUAAUCCUGGAUCUCUCUCGGAACGCCGGCAAUCUGAUCCAAAAGAAUAAAAAAGAUAAUCUGCUGGCUCGGGUGCUCACCGAAGAAGAUCAGAAGCCGAAUCCGGUCGUUCAGCGGGUUAAAUUGAUCAUGUCCAGCGGACUUAUGAUCGUACACGUGCUCAGCCGGCUGACAAUCGUCGAGAAAGAUUCCGACCCGACCGACCACAUUAUGGCCUCUCACUCCCACGAACAUCUGGCCGCACUCAACAAAACAGAACCGAACGAAAUGUCCGAAUUCAUUAUGAGAUGGCUCUCGAUCAGCACCGAGCAGAUCGUGACGUACAUUCUGAUCCUUGCGCUGGGCGUCAAGUUCCUACUCUUCGACCGUCACAAUCUGUCCGACCAGAUUCUGCUAUCGGUGGCAAACGAGGCGGCAGCUGCAGCGGCCGCGGCGGCUGCCGUACAACGAAGAAACCAGAGCCUGCUGGCCGGAACGAACGGUGGUCCGGUGGCCACCUUUACCCUGGCCGAAACCGUACCAACGGAGGAGAAGUCAACUCAAAGCGAACUGAGCCUGAUGCCUGGGCGGGUUCAACGUGCUAAAAGUAUGGGAGCCGAUGACGAGUUGGACUUCGAUGAUUUGGAAGACGAGCUGUUGGUUGAGAGGGAACCAAGAACUGUGGAAGAAUGUUUGCAGAUUCUGAAUGAUACCGAUGACGGAGCCACUGCUCUCACGGAUGAGGAAAUUAAAAUGGUCGUUAAAGCUGGCAACGGGUACUGUCCUUUGUACAAAAUCGAAACCGUGAUUGCUAAUCCGGAACGUGGGGUAAAAAUUCGAAGGGAAUUAAUCCAAAAGGAAGCUGGCUUGCCGGAAAAUGUUUUCAAGCACUUGUCCUAUAAAAACUACGACUAUACUAAGGUGAUGAAUGCUUGUUGUGAAAAUGUGCUUGGUUACAUACAGAUACCGGUGGGUUACGCAGGUCCUUUGCUGUUGGACGGCGACCGAUACUACGUUCCGAUGGCAACGACGGAAGGUGCUUUGGUGGCCAGUACGAACCGGGGUUGCAAAGCUAUAUCUUGUCGCGGAGUCAACAGCUUUGUAGAAGACAUCGGUAUGACACGGGCCCCUUGUGUCAAGUUUCCUAACGUUCUUCGAGCAGCUCUCGCAAAGCGGUGGAUGGAAACGCCGGAUAAUUUUGCAUGCAUUAAAAAAGCUUUUGAUUCUACUAGUAGGUUUGCCAGAUUGCAAGAAGUUCACAUAGCCAUUGAUGGGCCAGUACUGUAUACUCGCUUCCGAGCACUCACCGGGGAUGCCAUGGGCAUGAAUAUGGUAUCGAAGGGAUCUGAGAUGGCACUCCGCGAAGUGCAAAAAAGUUUUCCAGAUAUGCAAAUUAUAUCACUGAGUGGUAACUUCUGUUCGGAUAAAAAACCAGCCGCCAUUAAUUGGAUUAAAGGGCGUGGCAAGCGGGUUAUUUGCGAAACAGUCGUCCCGGCGGAUAAACUACGAACAAUUCUGAAGACAUCCUCGCGUGCGCUAGUCCAGUGUAAUAAGCUGAAAAAUAUGACCGGUUCGGCCGUGGCCGGCAGCAUAGGUGGGAACAACGCACAUGCUGCCAACAUGGUUACGGCCAUCUACAUUGCCACCGGACAGGAUCCGGCACAGAACGUUACUAGCAGUAACUGCAGCACCAACAUGGAAUUGUACGGAGAUAAUGGAGACGAUCUGUACAUGACCUGCACAAUGCCCUCGCUAGAGGUGGGAACUGUUGGUGGAGGAACUGGUCUUCCGGGUCAGGGUGCUUGCUUGGACAUGCUGGGCGUAAGGGGAGCGCAUGCGACAAACCCAGCCGAGAAUGCCAAACAACUAGCCCGCGUCAUCUGCGCCACCGUCAUGGCUGGAGAACUAAGCCUUAUGGCUGCUCUGGUCAAUAGCGAUCUAGUCAAAAGCCACAUGCGGCAUAAUAGAUCCUCAGUGGCUGUGAAUCCAGGAAUCGCACCUCCACCAUCUACUACUUCCUUCCAUCCCAACACCACUAGCAGCAGCAAGAGCAGUACGAACUCGCUAAGUUCGAAAACCCAAUAGCAUUCGCUAUUUUUCGUAGGACCUACCUCAACCGCAAACAAAAUGUUGGAAACAAAAGUUAGGAAAAAAUAAAAUAAAUCGUCAGUAUCGCAAUCGAGUAGGACGAUGUUGAAGCACCAUCAAUGAUCGUACAGAAAUGGUGAAAUGUUAGGAAUCGAAAGAUACAAGUACACUUUUUUAUACAAUUUAUUUAAGAGCAAAAAUUUUUGUCUAUACUUAACGUUUGUUUUAUCAAAAAUAAAUUAUUAAACCAUAAUGUUAGGACAUAUUUUAUACAGAGACAGAAUGAGAUACGCUAUGAAAAGGCCAGAGAGUUUAUGUGGGCUAAUUGCUGCGAUUAUGGGUGUAAAUAAAAAAAAACUGCAUGUGAAAACACAAAACAUAGUUGAAAAUAGGAAAAAAUAAAUUAGGAAACAAAACUAACGGAUGCCUCCAAUCAAUAUUGUACAUAAAAUCAGAUAUGUAGAAUUAACAAGAAAAAAAUGAGAGAAGUGUACUGUUUCAACUCGAAAUAUAUUAUUUGAACCAUUAUGCAAACGCCAGUUUCCCAUCCUGCUCAGUACACUAAUUGAUAUUCGCAAAGUUCUUCGGUCGCUUAUUGUAGGCCACGAGUUGGAGUUGUACAUAUUUCCCGUAUUUUGAAUAAUGGGCAAUUAUCAAUUAUCAUCGUAAUUUUGGUUUUACAAGACCGUUAUUGCCAUCGAAAACGCGCUAUCCUCAACGGCCAGCCGUUCUUAUUCGAACUAGAAAAACGUGCAAUGUAGCAGAAAAAAGUUUGCAGAUAAUGGAACGCUAUUAGAGUGAGCUUUGAAAUAGGACAUCGUUUCUCAAAAACAAGUCGAAAGAAAAUUAAGGUUCGUAAAAUUAGUACGAGAGAAGGUAUAGAACGGAAUGCUGUAACCGCUGAGAAUAUAUUUAUGAAACACGAAUUAAUGGUGCUACUGGCAGAGCAAAACCAGAAUAAAUAAAACUAAUUGUAACAAUUUCAUAAUGUUGUGAUAUUCUGCGUAACCAACCUUUGGGUAAUUGUUUCUGAAUAAAAUGAUUUCGUGCUUAUUGGGAAGUCACGUUCGAAAGUGGCUUGGAAAUUUUAGGCUGAUUAUUCUCCCUUAAUCACCAAGGUUCCUCUAGUGGUAAAAUGUCAUCGUAUUUGAAAUUAUCUACACCCAAGAAUGCUGGAUAAAUAACUAUUUUUAUUUUAUUUUUAUUCGAACUUACUGCAUUGUUGUUUGACAUUCCAUAGGACUAAUUAUUGCGCACUAUAGGGUACCAUACGCCUUAAAGUAGAAUACAUAUGUUACGGUAUAUUUCAUACUGUUGAGUACGUUGUUGUUCUCCACUUCAAAUUCGUCCGUUCGAAAACAAAAAAACAA